CAUUGGCCAGCCCACCGCCGCCCUGCCCCCGCUCAAAAUGGCGGCCGCGUGCGGCCCAUGGCGGCCGCUAUUACAUGUCUGGUGGUUCCAGCGAGCCUGGGGACUGCCACUGAGUUUCGCCGCGGGCUUGGGCCGGCGAUCCAGUACUCACGCCCGGAGUGACGGCCUGUACUCCAGCACUGCCCUCUAUGAGCUGCUGGGCGUCCCCUCCACGGCCACGCAAGCGCAGAUCAAAGCGGCAUACUACCGGCAGAGCUUCCUCUACCAUCCGGAUCGCAACUCCGGGAGCGCCGAGGCCGCCGAGCGCUUCACGCGCAUCUCCGAAGCGUACCUGAUCCUGGGCAGCACCACCCUGCGUCGCAAAUAUGACCGAGGUCUGCUCAGCGACCAGGACCUGCGCGGACCUGGUGUCCGGCCGUCGAGAACACCCGCGCCUGACCCGGCUCCUCCCCGCCCUCCUCCCUCCACCGCUCGGGCUCGCGCUGGCGACCCUCGUCGCACCAUGUUCGACUUUGACGCCUUCUACCAGGCGCACUACGGAGAACAGCUAGAGAGAGAGCGGCGUCUCCGGGCCCGCAGGGAGGCCCUUCGCAAAAAGCAGGAGGACCAGGCCAAGAGGAGACUCGGAUGGGAUGAGACUCGAGACGUCACAUUCCUUAUCAUUUUUUCUCUCAUCUUCAUCUUCAUCGGCUUUCGUGUUUAAUCGGUGGAGGGAAGGGAGAGGACCACAAGAAACUUGCACUUCUGUUCCUUUGCACCUUGGUCUAGGAGUGAAUUGACUGCUUCUCCCUGGGUCCCCUUGACCUUUCUGGUACCCAUCUAGCCUGGCAGGUGACCUACACACCCCUCCCUAUGGAACAGUACCCGGGAUGAAAACCAGAAACAUUGCUUGCCAGAGUCCCCUGGGGGCCUGCUUCUUUCUAGAAGUUGUCUCCCAGAUGUCAGCUUCCAGGACACUUGCUCUGCUUUUAUCCCGAAGCCCUGAGCAAGAUCUGUCUGCCCCCACUGCCUCACGGUGGUACCAUUGGGGCGCUCCCUCUGUAACCUUUAGAUCGUGCAAUAUGACCUGUUGUCAGCUGCCAAAAGAAUGAUUGUUGGGGCUUGUAUGAAAUGUGUCUUUUUUAUGUUCCCCCAAACCCCGGGUAUGAUCAAGGAUCCGAAGGUGGUCAGCAAAGGCUAAGGAGGUAACUCAGUGGUUCAGUGUUAGCUUGCAAAGGGACUGGGUUCAAUCCCCAGCAUCCAUCCUUAUGGCAAAAAAAAAAAUGUUACUGAAAGCUUGCCAUUUUUCUCGGGAUUUGGCCCACACCAUUUUUGUCAGGUGGGCAUGGGAAGACAAAGCCAUUUAGCUGAGGAGUGUUCCUUUGUAUUUAUCUAGUAGAUGGCCUUGGAGGAAGACACUGUGGAAAUAACAGAAAACUAAAGAAUUUGCUCUCUUGAGGCCUCAC